GACGACAAGAAUCAUGAACAAGAUAGAUUUAGAAAUCGGACAAACCAUUUUGCUCGAGCUGGAGGAUGAAUGUUUACUGGGGAAGGUGUCGCACGUGGCGUCCGAUCAGUCGUUCAUAAGAUUGUCUGAUGUGCGUGACACUAGUACGAAGAAAAACUAUGGCGUGCAAACAUACUACAACUCCGAAAUACGGAACAUUCAGGUUGCCUCUACUGAUAGUCGAACGACGCUGCAAUCGAGCUCCCCAUCGGAUAGUGGCGUUGUCAAGUCCAAGCAGCUUACGCUUGACAACCUCAACAGUACACUGGAACAGAUCAACAACUAUGUGUUUAUUCAUCAAACCGACGCAAAAUACCACGAUACGAUUCGAUUCCUCAAGAAGCAACACCAUUUCGGCAUAGCGAUGGAAUGCAUCGAACAUGGACGGCAUUCGAAAUCAUCAUCCCUGCUAACGAUCGCCACGCUGGACUCUAUCUACAUUUUCGACAUCAAAUGGAUGAACAUCACGAAUGAAUUGCGCGAACUACUGGUCAGCGAUCGUUACAGACGCGUGUUGUACAACGGCCGGUUGAUUGGGGACACUCUGCGCCACAAGUUUGGUGUACCGUUGGGGAAAUGUUUCGACGUUAUGGUCGCUCACAUUGCCAUCAGUAAAAAUGCGGGGCGUGUGGUAGACGACACGGUGUCUCUGCAACAAUGUGUACAGAGCUACCUAAAUUUGCCGGACAAAUUCUUCAAUACUACUAUCGAUUUCAAUGUACGCCCGUUAAACGAUGCAGCAAAGAGGGAGUCGGGGAAAAAUGCAGUAUUUUUGCUACCCCUGCAGGAUCUUUUCAUACACGAGAUUAUGUUGGAACCGUUCUACAAAAGCUGCAUCAGCUACACGCAGAGCCUGUCCAACAAUCCGGAUUUCAUCAACAGUUUGGCGGACUUGCGGAACAAGGGUCCGGAAGCAAUUGAAGCAAUCCAACCGUCAAAGCUAGGAAUUGAUGUGGAGUUGAUCAAUGUAACGGAGUGUGAGCAAUCGAUUGAAUGA